AUGGGCAAGUUACUACUGACCAGCGGGCAAGUCCAAGUCUUGCUCUCUUCGGCAUUCGUGGUAACAAUCACUUUCUUCCUGUUUCUCGCCGGCUACACGAUGCAGCAACACUCGGUGGCAAGCCUUCAAGCACAGCUCAAGCCUCGCAUACCCAUCGCUCCUGCCUUGAAAACCGCGCAACAACCUCUAUCUGGACCACACCACCCAUCACGCCUAUUCGACGCCGAACAGAAUGACCUCAUCAACAAACACAAUGCUGCCCAAGAAGCACCGACCGUAAACUGGCAGAAACUUGCGCAUGUCCAACUCGUCACGAACCACCAUGAUGUUUGCAGCGCGAUAAUGCUCUUUGGCGAUCUCGCACGCUCAAAAUCACCGGCCCGUCGCAUCCUCCUCUUUCCACAAGCUUGGGCUAUGGAGAAGCAAGCUGGGAAACACGACAUGAUUGAUCCGUACAUGGACAGCACACGUCGCCUUCUUCGCCGAGCUGCUCGACGCUUUAAUGUAGAACUUCGACCCGUCAUCCCUCCUGCUGGUCAGGAGGGUAUCUCAGUCGCAAGCCUGUGGGCCCUGACGGACCUGGCAAGAGUUAUGCUGUUGCAGACACCAGGCCUGGUGCAAGAUGUUGAAGCUUUGGAUGCCGUGUUAGCCUACACAGAGCCUGCGCCCAUGACUUUGUUGCAAGAUACAGACAACUAUCUCGAAGCCGAGGACUUGAUUCUCGCAACACCUGCAAAGGAAGCACACAGAGUGCUCACAGCAGCCGGUCUGCAGAACCUCACCUCCAUAAUCCCCAUGCUCCAUCCCUCUCACCUUGCCGUCUCCAUCAUCAUAGCCAGUAUCGCCUCUCUCCACAACGCCAUACACCCAAACAAGACCUCCUUCCUCCAAACACCCUACAUACGCUUCAACGACCCCAAGCUACCAGGCCCAGAGUGGGAAGUCGACUACUCCAGAGUAGUAGAAGCCCGUCCAAAGGACAAAGAUGCAGAUUGGCUAUGGACAAAACUAUACGGCGAGUUUGCUGGUAGAAGAUAUGAUAUCUGUGGUUUGGGCCUGGAGGUAUGGAGAGACUAA